GUCCCGCCCCGCCGGUGCCCGAAGAUGGCGGCGGCGCUGUGCCGGUGCCGGUGCCGGUGGCGRGCGCUGCUGSCYCGGCCCGCUGCGGCUCUGCGGGCGCUCCGCGGUCUGGCCGCGGGACCGGAGAUGCACUUCGGCUUCCAGAGCGUGACGGAGGAGGAGAGGAGGGAGAAAAUUUAUCAGGUCUUUGAAAGUGUGGCCAAGAAGUACGAUGUAAUGAAUGAUUCCAUGACUCUGGGAAUUCAUCGGGUGUGGAAGGAUAUCCUCAUGCAUAAAAUGAACCCUUGCCCAGGAACAUUUCUUCUUGAUGUUGCUGGGGGAACAGGUGACAUCGCCUUUCGAUUCAUUAAUUAUGUUCGUUCUGUACGGCAACGCCAGCUCCAGAGGAAGCUCAAGCAGCAUCAGAAUUUGUCAUGGCAGGAAAUUUUUGAGAAUUACCAGAAAGACAAAUUUAGCUCACUAGGGGAUUCCCAAGUGGUGGUCUGUGACAUCAACAGAGAAAUGUUAAAAGUUGGGAAGCAGAAAGCACAGCAUCUUGGCUACUCUGAAGGCUUGUCCUGGGUACUUGGGAAUGCUGAAGAGUUGCCUUUUGAUGAUGAUAUGUUUGAUGUUUACACAAUUGCCUUUGGAAUCCGAAAUGUAACUCGUAUUGAUUUGGCACUUCAGGAGGCUUAUCGCGUGCUGAAACCAGGAGGAAGAUUUCUCUGCCUUGAAUUCAGUCAUGUCAGCAACCCUCUGCUUUCCAAGCUCUAUGAUCUCUACAGUUUCCAGGUUAUCCCUGUUUUGGGUGAGGUUAUUGCUGGUGACUGGAAGUCUUACCAGUAUCUUGUGGAGAGCAUCCGACGGUUCCCCCCUCAGGAGGAGCUGAAGGCAAUGAUAGAAGAUGCAGGCUUUUUCAAAGUGGAUUAUGAGAAUUUAAACUUUGGCAUUGUUGCCAUUCACUCAGGUUUCAAACUUUGAGUCUCUGUAGCAAAACACGGAAAGGAUAUGAAAGCWGUGGAAUUUUAAUGGUGUCAAGAGGAGUUCUAAGAACUUGUGCAGCAGAUACUUGCUCAGCAGCCGGACUCAGAAGAACACAAGUUACCUCUCCCCACCAAGAAGCCUGUGGAAGGAGUGACUCCAGUGGUGUUUCUUACACUUGCACUUCCCUUCAAGUGCGAAAGACAUGACCAAAACUGAACAAUGCUAACAAGUGAAGCAACUUCAGUUGCCACUGGGUGUGGAUAYCAAAAUAGACUGAUUAGUCUUCAAAUAAAAUCCAUUUCUCUUUACUGAGUUUUAAGGGUAUUAUGAGAAAUAACCUGGAUUUAUGAAGUAACUAUGGACUUUUAUGAAGCUGUUAUCUUUGUCAUGUGGAGUUUAAGGAUUUUUUCCCAUGACUCCUUUACUUCUKUCAAAGGCAAAUGGAAGGCUUAAGAAAUAAAAGGGCUCUGCAUCAACUUUUUUCCACUAAAAUCAGUCUUACAAGAAGGUUUCCUGAGAAAGGAUGGGGUGUGGGAAUAGAUGUGGGGAUGU